GUGUCAACCCAGCCGUAUGUGUUCGAAUACGACGGCAGCUUUCAGGACGAACAGUCCCCUGAUACUGAUGAAAACUGGACACGCCUCUUCCCCCAGCGAAAAGGGUUUUUUCAGCAUCCCACCCUAGCGAAGCAAAGGUCGGCAUUCGCCGUCUUUCAUCAACUACAUUGCUUGAACAGCAUCCGACAGGGUUAUUGGGCUUUGUAUGACAUCGCAGCCACUGACCGGAACUUCCCCGGAGAUGAGAAUCUCCCCGAAAUGUCUUCCCCUCACCAUGUUCGGCACUGCCUCGAGUUGUUACGACUAGCCCUGAUGUGUCAGCCGGACCUGACGGUGGAGCUAAAGAAUGAGACCCUGGGAGGUGUAACGGGGUUUGGGACGGAGCAUCAGUGUAAAAGCUGGGCGGAUUUGUCUGGAUUCAUGGCUGAGUGGGAAUCUUAUGGA